UAACUCUUUUAUUUAUUUCAUUUUUCUUUUUCUGUAUUUUUUUUGUAUAUUUCUUCAUGACUAUCUUCGUCGUGGUUGGGUUGUACGGACGGUGCAAUUUUAUAGGUAAAGCAGAUGAUAUUCAUUCCUCGGAUCGGUUAGUAUGAAUCAGUAAGUCGCUACGAACAGACUAAAAAGAUACAAAACUAUCUUAAAAACCAUCGAGCAAAAAAAAUAUUUUAAAAAAGAUACUUUUUUUUAUGAUCGCGUGAAUUUUAUUUAUCUUCGGUUUUAUCUAUCUUUCGAGUUUUUUUUUGUGAAAAGAUACAAAUCUAUCUAAAGUGAUAAAAAAAAAGAUACAGUAUCUAACUCUGUAUCGAUUAGUGAUUUUAUGCAUUUUUCGAAAUGCUUUUCAUGGAUUUCAAAUGAAAACCUUUGAAUCUAAAAAAACUAAGUGAAACUUUUGACUCUUCCCCUUAAAAUAUUCUCAAGCCCCUUGAUUCUAAAAAAAAACAAUUUUUUGUUGACAAAGAAAUAAAAAAAAAAUGGAUCCAAAACACACCGAACAUCAUUCAAAGCCAAUUCUCAGUCCAACUCGAUCCCUUGACGAAGGUUUCGAAAGCGAUCCGGAUCGCAUAUCCACAGACUCUGAACAAAUUCUACCCCAAUCUCAUCACCAACACCAACAAAAUCAUAAUCAUCAUUCUACAUCAUCCCCUUCAUCUAAGCCCAAAAAUAAUGACAACAACCGCAUCGGAUCAAUGUCCUUGGCCCAACUGUCAUCUGCCUCGAAUGCCACUUCAUCAUCUUACGAGCCAUCAAAUCGAGUUGACAAACUUCAACAUCAUCAACAUUCUUCUACAUCGUCUAACCAUCUUCUACAUCAUCAUCAUAAUGAUGGCCCACAACUGCGUGCUCAGAUUUCACGCCGCAACCGUCAAGGUGAUAUGGAAUCGGAGAAAUACUUCAAAGACAACAACAACAUCAGGCCAACUUCAUUGACGUCGUUGGACAGCAAAUUGGCGGCAUUACAACGCAGUUCCACGACCAGCAGCAGCAGCAACACGAGCAAUUUCAAUCCUGUCCCAAUGACAGCAGUAUCAGCCUCUCCUUCUUCUACAUCAUCAUCAUCAUCAUCAUCGCCACCCACCAUCUCCAGCACCAUCUCGAAUGGCAAUGCCACUCCUGGCAAUCGCCUCCAGUACCAAUAUCAGAAGAAUCGCCAAGGAACGCACAGCACGAAUAAUCGAUUUAACGCCAGUAACGUCGGCUAUCGACGUUCGCGGACACGCGCCCUAGCACCGGCCAUCAUUAAGACAUCUUCUUCAUUUCCAUCAUCAGCAUCAGCGCCAGCUCCGUCAUUAUCGUCGGCAUCGACUGGUGCGAUUGCGACUGGGGGUGCGGCGUCAUCGGCAUCCUCAUCAUUUUCAUCGUCGGCGGUUGGUGGUAAUAUUGCCCCCUCGGGCGGUAAUGGCCCAACAAGUCUGCCUACGUCGAUUAACGCGGUUACUCCUGCGAGCGCCAGCGCUGUGGGUGGUGGUGGUGGCGCUGGCAUUGGCGGUGCACCAAUAAUGAUGAUUCCGGUCGGUUCAAGUUCUAGAUCGCAUUCCAUGGAUGCAAUUAGGCAGCGCGAAGGCUUGUUGCUUAAACAUGAGCCGGUUGUGGCGCUUUACAAAGGCACCACUGACCGGCUAUUGAGCUACAACAAGUUCACAAAGUUCACCCCUGCCCUAGGGGCUGCUGGCAAUAAUGGUGGAGUCGGAGGAAGCCAAAGUCAAAGCAUGCCAUUAGCUCAAACCAUUUUGCUGCAACCCUUGUCCAGUUCUUCGCUGCUGGCACCGCCCCUAUCAUCAUCAUCAUCAUCGUCGUCGAUUUCGAAUCUGAUCGAAUUGCGAUCGAAUCAUUUGAUGGCAUCGACAAACAGCUUGUAUACAUUCUAUCCGGCUGAAGGGAAUUUACAAGUUUGGAAAUCCGAAUGCGGCGACUUAACAUACAAAUCGAGUCGCAAUCAGCAGUCACACAAAGCUCCGGUCUGUUGGACACAAUCUAUACCAAGGCAGGCAAGACGUUACAUUACCCCAUCCAACCAGCAUCACAUCACAACAACUGGUGGCAAUAGCCUAGUCUACCCAACAGCGACAGGCCAAGUGUUUCGCCUUCAUCCUGCGUCAGCAACGAUUUCCGGUACCGGAAUAACACAACACCACCAAUCGAAUUUCAAUUCAAAUGGAGGAUCGUCGUCGUUGUCUUUGUCGUCGUCAGCAUUAUCGUCUGCUGUUUCUAAUGCAACAAAUGGCAAUGGCAAUGGAAUCAGCAAUAGCAAUAGCAAUAGCAUUGGUAAUAGCAACAAUAACCAUCAUCAUGGGAGCAGUAAUGGUAGUAAUAGUAGCAGUAGUGGUAGUGGUGGUGGCGGAGGCUUUUCACAGAAGCUGCGUGUUUUAGCCGCUUCGGCUGGCUUAAUGUCUCUCAAGCCACGACAGCCAUUGAAACCGGUGAUUAAGACACGAGGAUCACCGGGACCAGAGUUUCCCAAGAAAGUAACAUUCAGUGCGUUUGCAACUGUGCAAGUUGUUUAAAGAGAGAUAGAGAAAGAGGACUACGAACGACGAUGAUUUUGGUCUUAGUUGAAAAAUAUUCAAACAAAACAAAAAAAUAAAAGACCUUUUCGUGCGGUUUUUUGUUUUUUUUUUUGCAAAAUGCCACGCAUUGACUUUUAGGAUAGUUUUCUCUUUAAGAAAUAACUUCACGUCAUGUGUUAUUAUUGUUGACCUGCGGGUUAGUAGUAGUCUAUCCUCCCUCCCCCUUGGAAAAAAAUAAACAUAAUGCCAAUUGCCCGGAAGCAAUUAAAUGCCAUUGCUGAAGGAGUUUCACUUAUAGCUCCCUCAACCCAACCCCAAUUUAGACUAGAAAACACUUUUUUUGCUUUAAUACAAAAAAUAAAGAAAGAAAGAAAAGAAAAAAAGCAACAAGAAAAAACAAAACCUAACUCAAGACUUGCUUUCUAUAUUCGGAGAAAAAUAUUAAAAGCAAUUUGUCGUCAUGUGGCCACUUUCAGAGAAGGAAAUCAUGGUAUUCGUAAACGGAACUAAAAAGGAACUAAACGGAAUGUUAUUUGUGUGAUUAUAGGAGUGUUUUGCAGUUUUUUUUUGAUUUUUAGACAACUGUCAAAACUGACAGAUUAUUAAAGUUUGACGUUUAGCAACUGAAGAAAAUUAAGAAGUCCUAACAUAAAAGACU